AUGGAUGCCGAGAAAUAUUCAGAAUUAGCUUGGAAUAUCUUAUCUGCCUUUCACAAAACAUUCUUCAACGCUAAUGCUCAUACUUAUGCAACUGGCAGUCAAGCAGCCGGUGUAUUUGCCUUAGGGAUGGGUGCAGUAUCUCCUUCAGAACAGGAAAAUGUUCUUGUACAUCUUAUCAAUGACAUUCGCCAACGUAACUACCAUACGUCCUGUGGUGAAGUGGCAUUGCCAUCUUGGUUCCGAAUGUUGAGCCACUAUGGACACGACGAUAUCGUUUAUGAGUUUCUUUCGCGUAUCGAUAGACCCAGUUAUGGUUAUGCUAUCGUUCAUGGUGCCACGUCACUUACCGAAGAUUGGUUUGGUCCUGUUCUAACCCGAGGACAACAAUUAACUAGCCAGAAUCAUUUCAUGUUUGGUGCAGUAGAUGAAUGA